AUGGACGCACGCUUCGUGGAGUACUUUGCGUCGCGCAAUGUCGGUUCCAUGCUGUGCGUUCGCGUGCCAUACCACGACGGCACGUUUGCCAUCAUGCUCCUCCAGUUGUACAACUCUUCGGUGGGCCGCGUGUGGCGUGAGGACGACAUGCUCCUCCUUCAGGAAGCCAGCGCACAGGUCGAGAUCGGCCUGUCGCAUGCGCGUGCCUUUGAGGAGGAACGCAAGAGCAAGGAGCUGGCCUGGCGGAACGCGGCGUUGGAACAGGAGAAGAAGAUGGCCGAGACGGCCUCGCAAGCCAAGUCCUUUGUAAAACGAACAACACAGAAGAUGGAGAGUGAGCUUAUCAAUCCCAACCCAACGGUGUACGCGGUGAAGGAGGUGCUGCACCAAAGGCCAUACGCGGAGACGGACGAUGAUGAAGAGAUGUCCGAGGAGAUCGAUGCGCUUGAAAUUUUCGACCUCAUCCGACGAAUCAACGAUCCUGAGCAUCCACUCACACUGGAGCAGCUCAACGUGACCCAGCACGAUCUCAUCCAGGUCGAUAACAGCAACAGCCAAAUCAACAUCAGCUUCACCCCAACCAUCCCACACUGCUCCAUGGCCACCCUCAUCGGAUUGUGCAUCAGGGUCAAGCUUCUCCGCUCCCUGCCCUCUCGCUUCAAGGUGGACAUCCGCGUUGCUCCUGGCUCGCACGCCUCUGAAGACGCUGUCAACAAGCAGCUCAACGACAAGGAGCGAGUAGCGGCCGCGUUGGAGAACGCCCACCUCGUGGACGUGGUCAACACCUGCAUCGCCCAAACCGACUGA